UCUUUCAACAGAUAUGAUUCAGGUCAAUUAUGACUGGUUAGGUCCUAAAUGACAUAAUUAAUCACAAUAAAUAAAUUACACUAUGGGUGUACAAAAAGCUUAAUUAGUUUUACUAAAGGUCUAAAAAUGUACUUUUGGUAGUUUCACAUCAGAUGCAUCACUACAAAGACUGUCAUGGAAAUAGUGGCUUGUGGACAUUACAUGCAUAUACACGUAACACACUGCUAACCGUCACUGUUGUCAUAGCAUCUUGCAGAAAGGGAAUGAAUGUCAUUGGACAAGGUAAACUUGUAUCAACCAUACAUGUUAUUCAUAUGAUCGCUGGUGUAACUAGUGUCACAGUGGUGAAGUGGGCAACUAUCAGUACUUGAAACCCAGACUCCAUCUGUAUACAGGUAUAAAUUGGUAUGGUAUAAAUCUAUCAGUCUAUUAGUAAUGUUACUGUGCAUUGACACUUAACUUAUACUGUAUAUGCAUUUAAACAGAUUGGAAAUGAGUGUUAACAGAUCUUCCAUCACUAACAUAAAUUCCUGCUUUGGAAUAGAUAUCUCUUACACACUGACAAGCAUGCAUGCAUUAUGUAUGUUACUUUAUAUUUUUCUUGGGUCAUUAUCUAUUGUUACAGUAUGUGGAAACCUUCUUGUAAUAAUCUCUAUUGUUUACUUUAAACAGCUCCAUACUCCUACUAAUUCUCUGAUUCUCUCUCUGGCUGUGGUUGACUUGCUUGUAGGAAUUUUAGUAUGUCCUCUAACCAUAAAAUUCUCUACAACUGCCUGUCUUUACCAUUAUGAUAUGUUUUGUAAAAUACGGACAACUUUUGGUACAUCGCUGUGUACAUGUUCUAUUCUCCAUUUAUGCUGUAUUUCUAUUGACAGAUAUUAUGCAGUGUGUCAACCUCUGACAUAUAGAUUUACAAUGAAUAACAGAGUUAUUGUGAUCAUGACGCUGAUGAGCUGGGCUGUUUCUGCUUUUAUUGGAGUCAGUAUGAUUACUUCAAGAUCACAACAAAAUAACUGUGGAACAAUUUGUUUAAAUCGAGUCAAACUGCUCAGCAUUGUGAGUCUUAUUUUUGCAUUUUAUCUUCCAAUGAUUAUAAUGUUAUCUGUUUACUUGAAGAUUUUCCAAGUGGCACAGAGACAAGUAUUUAGAAUCCAGAGCACAAAGUUGGGAAAUAAUGUUAGUAAAAUGGAGAGAAAGGCAACCAAAACUCUGACUAUUGUUAUGGGAGUGUUUUUAAUGUGUUGGUUGCCUUAUUUCAUCUGUACCACUCUUCUUAUUCUCAUUAAUGUGUCAUUACCAUAUGCUGUGCUUGAAUUACUUACCUGGCUGGCACUGUGUAAUUCAGUGCUCAACCCGUUCAUUUAUGCUUUUUUUUACAGUUGGUUUCGAACAUCUUUCAAAUUGAUAAUAUCUGGAAGAAUAAUUCAGUGUGAUUGCACAAACUUAAAGCUUCUCUGAUUUACUGUUGGUCCUGCUGAAAUAUUGUGUUUACAUGAUUUUGAUGACUUUCUAGCUAAAAUA